AUGAAGUUCUCUGCCCUUCUCGCUCUCGCCCCUCUGGUGGCUGCCGUUUCCGGCUCCAAGCAGUCCAACAGCUCUGACGCUGCCUUCGGCGUUCUCUCUGCUCGUUCGGCUUCUCCCAUCCACCUGCUGCCUCUCAAUGCCGGUGGUACCUACUUCUGGCUCGGUGGGAACGCCCAUACCUACUCUCCUAUCCCCGGAAUUCCCGAUACCAACCAGACCAUCAUUACCGAUGGUCACUUCUUGAACGUCGAGGUCCCCGGUGGCCAAGCCAUCUACGUCGAUAACAAGGGUGCUCUGCGCUUCACCUCUCCCCACUCCGCCUACGAGCCGGCCGGUUCCUCCAAUGGUCCCUUCGAGUACACUCCUGGCACCUCUUUCGGCCACUGGAACUUCAAGGGCCGGGGUGCACAUGGCUUCAUGGCUUGCCCGACGACCAAUAGUACCACCAGUGCCAACAGUACCACGAGCUACCGCCGUUCCCGUCGGGGCGCUGCUACCCCCCGGUGGCAGGUCUUCGCUGCUCUGAAGAAUGCUACUGUUCCCUCUGGUAAGGUCCAGGACUGCCUUGGCUUCGAUGCUCUGGCUGUUCCUGUCGACACUACCACCGCUGUUGCUUGGGAAUACAUCUAA